GAUCCAGAAACAUGCUCACAUGGUGUUAUCAGUGGAUGUGGCAUCGGCCAAUCAGAUUUUUUAUGGAGCGUUCGAUCAAAUCGUCAAGUCAAAAGUGUCUUUGCACGUCUAUGGAAUACUCGUCAAUUGCUUGUGUCCUUUGAUGGAUGCGGUAUUUUCCGCGAUUGGCGUUACAAUCCAAAAUGGAAAACAAAUGGUGGCUGGAAUCAUGUUGAUCAAAAUCCAAAGAUGAAACCAGAUCGUUGUUGUGUUCAAGGUUUAGUUUCAUUGACUAAUCAAAGUCAGAAAACCGGUGGUCUUAUCGUUUAUCCACGUACACAUUUACGUUUCAAAGAAUUAUGUGAAAUUACUGCAGGUUCAAAUGAUUUUCUUCCGAUACCUUCGAAUCAUCCAAUUAUGAAUCCCGAUCAAACAUUUGGUAAACUCGUUCAUUGUCGUGCUGGCGAUCUUAUCCUUUGGGAUAGUCGUCUUAUUCAUUGUAAUUCACCUGCUACUGCUAUAGAAGAACAACGUCAAGAUGAACCAGUUGAUCUAUUACGUAUCGCUGUUUAUGUAAGUAUGAGUCCAACGACAUUCGUACAUGGACAAACACUUGAUGAAUUUCGGCAAAAACGAAAAAUGAUAGUGGAAAAUAAUAUUACUCUGACGCAUUGGAGUACAGAGUUCUCUAUUUCGCGUGGUAAUCAUGCUGAUCUACCCACAAUAUCCAUGGAUAAAUUCAAUGACUAUCAAAAGGCUUUAAUUCUUGGUAUUAUCGACGAGAAUAAUGAAUGA